CUUUGGACCAAUCAGCGAAGACACACAAAAAGCCAUCGAAACACACACUCAGAGAGAGAAGACAAAAAAUGCAUUACUGGGUUCGAGCUUCUUCUGCUUAUUUCGGUGGCACUCCUCCCCAACCUCGCAGUGGUCACACCGUAGUCAACAUCGGCAAAUCGAAGGUGCUCGUGUUCGGUGGACUUGUUGACAAGAAGUUUCUCAGCGAUGUCGUGGUCUACGAUGUUGAUAACAAACUUUGGCUUCAGCCACAGUGCACUGGAAGUGGGUCUGAGGACCAGGUAGGUCCAAGCCCACGGGCAUUUUACAUUGCUGUUGCAAUUGAUUGUCACAUGUUCAUCUUUGGUGGGCGUUAUGGUAGCAAAAGGUUGGGUGACUUUUGGGUUCUAGAUACAGAUAUAUGGCAGUGGUCUGAGCUCACCAGUUUUGGUGACUUACCUUCACCACGAGAUUUUGCUGCAGCUUCAGCCAUUGGGAACCGGAAAAUUGUUAUGUAUGGUGGCUGGGAUGGUAAAAGGUGGUUAUCAGAUGUGUAUGUCUUGGACACAAUAUCACUAGAAUGGAUGGAGCUGUCGGUAUCUGGAUCAUUACCAUCACCUAGAUGUGGCCACACGGCUACUAUGGUGGAGAAAAGGUUGCUUGUCUAUGGUGGCAGAGGAGGUGGUGGGCCAAUUCUGGGUGAUUUAUGGGGCUUGAAGGGUCUUAUUGAAGAAGUUUAAUAGUUACUUUUGUUU